GCUCUUUCUCAUUACAACAGAUGGUGGCGCCUUUUUGACUCAGAUUGUUUUGCUCCGUGUUGGGCCUAUACCCAACUAAUCAACGUUUGAGGACACAGCACAUAGAAACCCUCCACAGCUCCACGGAGGUUUUACAAACACAACACCAUCGCUAACACUGGUGCCCACUGUGGCUGUGUGAGUGGGAACCCUCGGGGUGUCAGACUGGGGACAGGCGUGGCAGUGGGCUGGUCCAGCCGCAGAGAGCGAUGAUGAACAGCAUCAGGCUCCGUUGACUUGGAAUCAGCUGAGGCCCUGAAAUAGUCUGACAAAGGAGCCGAAGCCCAAAUCUGUCACGCUGGUGAUUAACCACAUCUGCUGGUGCUGAGGACGGCUGCGGGCUGUGGGUGUGCCGCACCCCCACACAGGACGCGCUCCGGAGGAUGCUCUGAGUUCUCCCCGCCCACACCUGGUUGUAACACACCGUCUGCAUAACAGUAGAAGAUGAGCAAGUCACCCACCCCCAAGGGCACCCCGGUGCAGCGCAGCCCCAGCGAUGGGGUCCCAGAGAGUCUCCAGUCGCCUCAGCAUUCCACACCAGGCUCAGGACCCCAGCAUAAGAAACGCAUCUCCAGCCUCCUGCAGAGUCCGUCGUUCAGGGAGGAGUUGGAUGUGCUGAUCCAGGAACAGAUGAAGAAGGGUGGCAGCUCAUCCAACCUAUGGGCACUGAGACAGCUCGCUGAUUUCAUGACCUCACAUGGCUCUCCAGCUGCUCUGCCAGUCUCCCCCUCCAACAUGAUGAUGGUGACAGCCAUCAACGACCUGCAUGGCUGGGAGCCCGGCAGCAUGGUGAAGGGGGAGAGGCUGAUGCGCUGCAAGCUGGCCAGCACCCAUCGCCUGUUCGACCUCUACGGCUGGGCCCAGAUCAGCCACACCUGUCUCACUCUCCGUGUCAGUAAAGAACAGGAACACUUCCUGGUGCUUCCAGACGGCUUGGCGUACAGUGAGGUGACUGGAUCCAGUCUGGUAAAGGUGAAUAUCCUGGGCGAGGUGGUGGAGAAGGGCAGCACCAACCUGGGCGUGGACCCAGAGAAGUUCAGCCUGCACCAGGCCAUCUACUCAGCGCGGCCAGAUGUUCGCUGUCUUCUUCACAUCCACACACCGGCCACAGCAGCGGUUUCAUCUAUGAAGUGUGGCCUCCUGCCACUGUCCCACGAGGCUCUGCUGGUUGGUGACGUGGCCUACUAUGACUACAACGGAGUCAUGGAGGAGGAGGAGGACAGAGUGGAGCUGCAGAAGAGCUUGGGACCCACCUGUAAAGUUCUGGUGCUAAGGAAUCACGGCAUAGUGGCUCUUGGGGAGUCAAUGGAGGAGGCCUUCUACACCAUCUACCACAUCCAGGCUGCCUGCCAGAUCCAGGUGUCAGCGUUGUGUUGUGCAGGUGGUGAACAUAACCUGAUUUUGCUGGAUCGGACCAUCCAUAAACCCAACUCAGCCGGCACUGUGGGCUGGGCUGGCUCCACCUUUGGGCCCCUGCACAAGAGCCGCGUUGGGGAGCAUGAGUUUGAGGCCCUGAUGAGAACUCUGGAUAACCUGGGCUACCGUACCGGCUACGCGUACCGUUUCCCCGUCCUGCUGGAGCGAUCACGGAUGCGGAGGGAUGUGGAGGUGCCUGCGACCGCCACAGCCUAUCACCAGUUUGAUGACGAUGGAGUCCACCCGGCUCUGAGGCAGAACCCUUUCACCCAGCGCCAGCAGCAGGAGAGGACCCGAUGGCUCAACACCCCCAACACCUACCAAAAAGUCAACCAAGAGCAAGCUAGUCCUGGACACCAGCGCACCACUUGGUUGAAGGCAGAAGAGGUGACACAAGCUGGCAGUACCUCCAUCAAGAUAGAGAACCCAAACCUGUUUGUGCCUCUGUUCACCAACCCUCAGGAGGUGAUAGAGACACGAAACAAGAUCCGACAGCAGAACCGUCAGGACAUGAAGACAGCAGGGCCACAGUCUCUAGUCCUAGCCAGUGUCAUAACAGAGGACAGUCCUCCGUCUCCGGUCAGCCCACCCAAAGUCCCACCAGAGCCAGAACCUCCCAACCCCUUCAACCAGCUGACGGACCAGGUACUGGACGAGUACCGCAAGGAAGUGCAGAGGAAACAGGACGGAGAGACUGAUGGGGAGGAGGUGGCAAAUGACAAGGAGUCUUCCCCUGCUACCUCCCCCACAAAGGGCCCUCCGCCCAGCCCCCCUCCUCUCAGCCCCCCUCCUCUCUCAGAGGAGGUGAAGACCGACUCUCCAGCCAUACAGAACGGAGGCGAGGAGGAGAAGCAGACGACAGAAGAGCUGGAGAAAGGCAUGAAGGCCCUCUCGACCAAUGACACCUCCUCCACCCCCGCUGCGCCACCGGCCAAACCACAAGGCGGCACCCCUGAGGGUUCUCCCUCCAAGUCCCCUUCCAAGAAGAAAAAGAAGUUCAAGCCACCGUCGUUCCUGAAAAAGAGCAAGAAGCAGAAGGAGAAAGUAGAGACCUGAGGCAUUUACACACGCCAGACCUCGGUGAAAUACUACUGUGAAAUGUUUCUUAGCGUGUGGCAUAGGAGUAGCAGAUGGAGUCAACCACAUCCGAUCUGUUCACACAGUUAAGAUGUCAGUCACAGACACAGUGUACUAAACUCACCCUCACAUGCUUUUCUGUAAACUGUUACUAAUUUGAUCGAUGUGGUUAUUCAUCUUAAACAGGUUAAGAACUGAUGAUUACUUUCACAAGACUAUUUGACCAAGGUUGGAUACAAGGCAACAUUUUGACACACUAUUACUUGACACACACGCACACACACACACACACACAUUUUUGUACUUCUAUCUUAGUGAGGACACUCAUCAGCAUGAUACGUUCCCUUACCUCUUACCCUAACCUUAACCAUCACGACUAAAUGCCUAACCCUAACCCUAACCCUGAAAAAGUGAGGACUGGCCAAAAUGUCCUUACUCACAUAAGGUCUAUGCUUAAAAUGGUCCUCAGAAGGAUAAAAGUACAAGUACACAUACACACACACACACACAGAGUCUGUGUAUUACUCCUAUUUUCACCUGCUGUGCUAUUGAACCAUGACUUAACUUCAUUGUAUGUGAAUUCAGACAUGUUUGUUGUUUUUCACUCUGGGAUCAGACUGUGGUUCUGUGCACUUACAGCCCAGAAUUUUUUUCUUUUCUUCUCCACACCUUUGGAAGACACGGUGGAAGUUUAGUUAUGAAUUAUGCACCCCUUAUCCAUGUAUAGGCACUUGACACAUGUAUAUUAACAUGCUAGUAUGUUGCAUUUGUUCAUUAUCUUCUAGUCAUACUUUGGUUCUAGUUAUCAGAUAGAUGUUGCAGGUAUACUAUGUGAGCACAGGUGCAUUACAUGUAGAAAUAUACUGAUAGCUACUGAUUGUGCUCCUCUGAAUGCUGGUCUGUGUAAAAUGCUCGGCCUAUCGACUUUGUUACAGCAGGGAUGAACAUGGCAAAAGAACGCAGGGGAAAAUAUACUGGCUCGCAACAAAACACAAGCAGCUAUAAAUGCCACUAUUACCAAAAAAAGGAUAAAGCUUAAAGAAUCUGUUGCUUGUCAAUGCAGUUUGAAAGCCAGUUAUAGAAGAUACUGAAGGUACUAAACAUUCCACUUUCUUUCCUGGAUUUCUUUUAAACGUAUGUGUGCAAAAUACUUCUUAUCAGUAAUUAUUUUCUGUCUAAACCAGUAGCUGUUAUCAAAAUGCUGAUGUGUGAUGUUUGCCCAUGGUUUUAAUUUAUUUAAUAUUAGAAUGUAUAGGUGAGUGUUGCAAGGUUACCAUGUAUCAGUCAUUAAAGAUCAAGUUUGAUUUGAAACCAA